CAGUAUGGGUGUGGUAAUCGCACUGUGAAUGGAUUGAAUCUUGUCAAUUUAGCGCCCGAGGCCCUGUUUUGGAUUAAAAUAAGACGAAAUGAGCGAAAUAAUAUUUUGACAUUUUUAGUCUGCAUAUUGAGGCACCCGUCCAGGCUGCAGAAGGAUAUUGUUGUGUUGUUACAGCAGGACUUCAUCAGUAUUAUCAAAUUUGAGAAGGGUGUGAAACGCUUGGAGGAUCAUGAGUGAGCUGGAGCAGUUGCGGCAGGAGGCAGAGCAGCUGCGCAAUCAGAUCAGAGAUGCCCGGAAAGCAUGCAGUGACUCCAGCCUGUCCCAGAUUACAGCUGGUCUGGAUUCAGUGGGAAGGAUCCAGAUGAGAACGAGGCGGACCCUCCGAGGCCAUUUAGCCAAAAUCUAUGCCAUGCACUGGGCCACAGAUUCCAGGUUACUAGUUAGUGCCUCACAAGAUGGCAAACUCAUCGUUUGGGACAGCUACACCACAAACAAGAUUCACGCCAUUCCUUUACGGUCAUCAUGGGUGAUGACUUGUGCCUACGCUCCCUCAGGGAACUAUGUAGCCUGUGGAGGCUUGGACAACAUAUGCUCCAUCUACAGCCUUAAAACCCGUGAGGGCAACGUCAGAGUCACCAGAGAACUGCCUGGACACACAGGUUAUUUGUCAUGUUGUCGCUUUUUUGACGAUAGCCAGAUUGUCACCAGCUCUGGAGAUACCACAUGUGCUCUGUGGGACAUUGAGACUGGUCAGCAGACCACCGCGUUCACAGGGCACAGUGGAGAUGUGAUGAGCCUAUCCCUCAGCCCAGACUCCAGGACCUUUGUGUCAGGUGCCUGUGAUGCAUCCUCCAAACUGUGGGAUGUCCGAGACGGAAUGUGCAGACAGUCUUUUACCGGGCAUGUGUCUGAUAUAAACGCUGUCUGUUUCUUCCCUAAUGGUAACGCAUUCACCACGGGAUCUGACGAUGCCACGUGUCGGCUGUUUGACCUUCGUGCGGACCAGGAACUGAUGAUGUACUCACAUGACAACAUCAUCUGUGGCAUCACCUCCGUGUCCUUUUCUAAGAGUGGCCGUCUGCUACUCGCUGGUUAUGAUGAUUUCAACUGCAAUGUAUGGGACACGCUAAAGGGAGAGCGUGCAGGUGUUCUAGCUGGGCAUGACAACAGGGUCAGCUGUUUGGGGGUGACCAUUGAUGGCAUGGCUGUAGCCACUGGUUCUUGGGACAGUUUCCUCAGGAUAUGGAACUGACCUCACUGGACGGGACUCCGGGGAGCCACUCUUUCCAAUCACAGUCACUGUAGAGCACUGCUGCCUCACUGACCCCCCCCCCCCCCUUACUGUUGACCACCAGAUUUUCUUCUCUUUCUUAGACCACACUAUCCCUCCAACCUGCAGUCAGUUAAAGAGUUGAUGACCAGCAGUGAAGACACUGGCUCUCUGUCUGUCUCUAUGGCUUCAUGUCUGACUCGAUUGUUUGGGGACAGACUGUGUUGUAUAUAUCUGCCAUUCUUUGUGCUUGUACGUAUAACAUAUGCACUUCUGACAGUGUUUGGAUAUUAUGGUGUAUGGAUACUUGUGGUGGGUGUCUUGAGUGUCUCCAUUGUCUUUUCUUGCUUGAAGAUUUUUUUUGUCCACAAUCACAGUGAUUUUGUCACACCCAAAGGCCAAUGUCAUGAACUGAAGGAUGAAUUGAGUAAUGAAGAUGAGGCUGACCUGCCCUGGCACAGUAAUGUUGCAUCAGUGUUUUACCUUCAAGGGAUAAUUAACCUAAAUUAAAUUCUGUUAUUGACUCAACUCAUGUAAUUCCAAAACCUUGGAUUUCUUCAGUGGAACAUAAAAUGGAGAUAUUUAGCAGAAUGUUAACCUCAGUCACC